AUGGCCCCAACACGCCCGUCUGUCGACUACCUGACAGAGACGCUACCGAGCGUCGUCCCGCCCAUCUUUGACCAGGCGCAGGGCACGACGGCCAACCACCGCAAGAACAUUGUGCAGCUGCGCAAGAUCCAGGAGAAAUGCGCCGAGAUCACCGAGAAGACACCCAAGGGCGAGAAGCUCGUCGGCGAGCGCGCCUUCAGCACCCUCUUCAUCGACAUGGUUAACCGCAUCCUUCCUGUCAAGAAGGGUGUCGGUGUCGCCGACAGAAUCGUCAAGUUUGUCGCGGGCUACGUGACGUACAUCACAGAGCAGGACGCCGAGGACGACACCAUGACCUCGCGAUUCGUCGCCAAGCUCCUCAAGCACCUCUUAGCUGGUAUGGAAGCCAAGGACAAGAACGUGCGCUUCCGCGUCACGCUGCUCGUUGCGUCGCUCAUCAACGGACUCGGCGAGGUCGACGACGACAUGUACCAGCUCCUCCGACACUGCCUGAUUGAGCGUUCGCGCGACAAGGAGGCUGUUGUGCGUGUUCAGGCUGCAGUCGGUCUCGCCAAGCUCCAGUCUGGCGAGGACGAGGACGACCUCGAGGAGGGGCAGGAGCCUCUGUCCCAGAUCCUGCUCGACUUGCUUCGCUACGACCCUGCCGUCGAGGUCCGCCGCGCGGCAGUGUACAACCUCCCUACGGCGCCCGAGACGCUCCCUCACCUCCUCGCCCGCACCCGCGAUGUCGACCCGAUCCUCCGCCGCACCGUCUUCAUGGGUUCGCUCGGCGCGGCCCACCUCCCCGACGCCCGUGUGCUGUCGAUUGCCCAGCGCGAGAACGUCGUCCAGAACGGCCUAGGUGAUCGUGACCCCACUGUGCGCAAGGCCGCUGCUGCCAUGCUCGGUGGCUGGCUCGACCAGGCCGACGGCGACGUCCUCCAGCUCCUUGGCCGCUUCGACGUCGUGUCGAGCAAUGUUGCCGAGGACGCCCUCAUCUCGGUGCUCGUCACCCGGCCCGAGGUGUUUGACAACAUUGAGAUGGAAGACGCGUGGUGGGCCUCGCUCACCCCCGAAAAGGCCUUCCUCGCCCGUGUGUUCACUGAGUACUGCGUCAACAACAACAAGACCAACCGCCUGGAGGAGGUCAUGCCGGUCGUUACCGCCCUUGCGUUCAAGAUCCAGGACGAGUACAACAAGCUUGUUGGCCUUAGUACCGACGAAGACGAGGACAAGGUCACCGAGCAGGCGUUCAUCGUUGGCGAGCUGCUCCGCGUGGCGAUCAACCUCGACUAUGCGGACGAGAUUGGCCGCCGCAAGAUGUUCCAGCUUGCUCGUGAGAUGAUCUCGCAGGGCUCGCUCCCCGAGACCCUCAUUCCCCGCUGCAUGGACGUUCUGAGCAAGAUUACCGACGGCGAGCGCGACUUGAUCCGUCUCAUUGUCGAUGUUGUCACCGAGCUCCGUGUCGGCGACGGCGAUGUCGAGACCCAGGAGCCUGCGACGCCGUCCAGGUCGACCCUCGGCAGCCCCUCCCGCCCAACGCGUGCCCCCGCUCCCUCUGACGACCCCGAGGCCCGCAAGCGCGAAGCCCUGAUCGACUACCGCUGCCUGCUCAUCUGCACUAGCCUGCUCGAGCGCGUCAACUCGCCAUGGCAGGACAACACCGUGUUCCACGGUCUCCUGCACGACGUCAUCAUCCCCGCAGUCCGCAACAAGGAGGAACUGGCGCUCCGUGACCAGGGUCUCAUCUGUCUCGGCCUGUGCUGCAUGAUCGACCAGAACAUGGCGACCGACACCUUUGUCCUGUUCAUGCAGCAGAUGAACGCUGCUGGCGAUGACGACGAGCUCAGGGGCAAGGUCAUGAAGAUUGUGCUCGAUCUCUUGAUGGUGCACGACAUUGCCACGCUCGUGGCCAAGACCAUGUCCGUGGACGCGGUGCCGGCUCUCCUCAGCCACAUGCUCCAGCAGGACGUCCCCGAGGUCCUUGGCGUUGCAGUUGAGGGCGUUGCCAAGCUCAUGCUCGCCGGCAUGGUUACCGAUGCGACGGUCCUGCAGCACCUCGUCUUGCUGUACUUCCACGCCGACACGGCCGACAACCAGCCUCUGCGCCAGUGCCUGUCCUACUUCCUCCCAGUGUACUGCUACUCGUCAUCCGAGAACCAGCUCCGCAUGCUCGAGGUCUUCCCCUUGGUGUUUGCCAACUUUGCGCAGAACGAGGAAGAGGAGGACGCCACGCCCGUGGCUCAGAUUGGUCUGAUGAUGGUGGACUGGCUCGACCCCCACAAGGCUGUUGAACGCCCUGGUGCGGUCGUCGACCUCAACGUCCACCUCGACCUCGCCAUCACGAUCUUCAAGCUGAUCAUGACAGAGGAGGGCCGCGACACCCGCAAGACACUAACAAGCUAUCUUGGCAAGCUCAACCUGCCGGACAGUGCCGAGACGGACGCGUGGCGUCCAAAGGCAGUGCUGGCCCUGAUCAAUGCUCUGAAGGAGAAACAACCCCUUUCAGACGCAGUGUCGCGGAACUCGCUGUCCAAGUUCCAAGUGUCGCUGCUCAAGCUCUACCCCGAGCUCGAGGGCUACGACGAGGAGACGUUCCGCGCCGAGGGCGCCGAGCGAGAAGACACCAAGGAGCUCUGGGGCUUCAUUGACGAUGUGGAGGAGAUUGAAGAGGCGCCAGAAGCCCGGACAAGGCGAGGUAGCCGCGCUCCUUCUCGAUCUCGGCGCACUGCGUCCAUGUCUGUUGACCCCACGUCCGACUCUGAUGCUGCUCCGGUGUCUCGGAACCGCAAGCCGCGGCCCGAGACUGUUGCCGAGGAGACUGAAGACGACGAGUCUGAGGACGUGGAAGGGUUACUGGACAGUGAUUAG